ACCUCGCUCAUUCUCAACUGUGUGCCAUUCACCACCCACCCUCGCCACCCCGACUCAGGCUUGAGUUGCUGUGUGUGAACCACAGCCCGUCCGAAAAGCAAAUCGUUAUCUGCUUCCACACGUAGUAGCACGCAAUGUCUCAGCCAAUUGGGCGUGUUGUUCAGGAGCCCGUCCGUCUCUAUGGCAACGGCGUCGCCGUGACCGUCAUCGAGCCCGCUCUGAGGCAGCUGGCUGUCACAUCGGCUAACUUUUCACCUGCCGAAAAGACAGUAAAGAACCUGGAUAAAUUAUUAACUGCGGUGCAGGCACACCUUCACAAGCUACAGUCAGAGACAGCUGCGAGUGAUGAAUAUCAAGCAGCGUUGUUGGACGCCAAUGACCUUGUCCGCACGGCUAUCUAUUUUGCCAACGUCCCAUUGAGAUUCAUGAACACAGAGGCAAAGAGGAAGAUGGCUGUGAACACGGAGAGAAAGAACCUGAACAGCAUGAUUUCAGAUGUCCUGCAGGGUAGAAAAUAUGGCGACAAGACAAUCAGGAGCAGGAUUGACGACGCAUCCAAUCUCGCUUUUUAUUCACCUACAUCCGAUCCAAAAAUCAUACAUGAACAAAAUGCAAGUCUCGAAAUCGUGUUGUCCCAGGUCUCAGGCCUACAAACAGUCCUUAGGAAGUGCGGGAGAAACACGGAAAGUGAUAUCGCCGACGCCCUAGAAGCGGCAAUGGCAGCAGCACGGCAACUCAAGGCCACAUACCAGAAACCAUUAAAGGUCGACCCAGAGCACAAGAGCGACUUUGAUUUGGUUAACGCUCAGUUCCAGACGGAAGUAAAUGAUAAGAUAACUAACAAAAGCUGGUCAAACUUGUUGGCAGCAGGCGCUUCAGCAAAUUCGGCCUACGCCGCCUAUAUCAAAACCAUGCAGACUGCUGCUUUCGACACGAAACUCAAAGCAAUCUUCGUUGACCACCUAAAACCCCACCUGACAGAAGAGACUGCCAAGGCAUUUCGUGUCAAAAAGGUUAACGAGGAAACCUUGAAGAGCGUUUCGCAUGAAUCAAUUUCACUCCUGGGUUUUGUUGAAAUGGUCGCGCGAAUUAUGGCCCAAUCAUACUCCAGUUUAGAUCCACUGGCUACGGCGAUUAAGACGGAACUCGCAAGCAAACUAACCUUUUGCUAUCCGUCAGUUCUGUUCAUCUGCAGUGGCAACAGGCCUACAGAUCGGUUUGCCAUCGCGUCAUCAAAGGAUUUGCAUACGUGGUCGCGAUCGCUCGACGAAAUGGUU